UCAGCUGAUAGAAGUCACAUGACAGACAUUUUCGAUUUCAGACGUACAGGGAGAUCCUGAUCGAGAAGCAGGAAAAUAACAUUUAUUCACGUUUUCCAGAUUACAGAAUGUUUCUACCUAUUUCGAAAUCGUCGUGAUCAACGGGUCUUUACGUUAUGAAUUAGCUGUUUACAUCAGCGCACUCAAGUAUUCGUCUCAGGUUGUCAUCGAGCUAAAGACUUGAAGCCAACAUGAGUCCGGAGGGAAAGACCCUGCUCAACGUCGUCGUCCUGGGCUUGGGCUUCAUGGUGAUGUUUACAGCCUUUGGCACCUGCGGAAAUAUUGAACAAACUGUGAUAAAGAGCUUCAACAGUACAGAGUUUCAUGGAAGUGGCUACACAAGCAUGGCGAUUAUCUACGCAGUGUUUUCUGCCUCGAACCUCAUAGCGCCCUCCGUGAUCGCUGUCGUUGGACCUCAGCUGUCUUUGUUUUUCAGUGGACUUCUUUACAGUGCAUAUAUUGCUGUUUUCAUUCAUCCGUACACCUGGUCAUUCUACACUUUAUCUGUGUUGCUUGGAAUUGGCGCUGCGGUGCUCUGGACGGCUCAGGGGAAUCUGCUCACCAUCAACUCCAAAGAUUCCACUAUUGGGAGAAACAGUGGGAUAUUCUGGGCGUUGAUGCAGUUUAGCUUAUUCUUCGGUAAUCUCUACAUAUAUCUAGCCUGGCAUAACAAGAGUCACAUAACAGAUAAGGACCGCCAGACAGUGUUCAUCACACUCACGGUCAUCAGUCUGGUGGGAAACUUCCUGUUUUUCCUGAUCCAGCGACCAGACCCAGAACCUGCACCUGCUGACGCCUCUGAGUCACUUCUCCCGACAGAAAUCUCUGACAGCUGUGAUGUGGUUCCAUCCCAGACCCGGGGCUCUCAGGCAUUGGAGGCAUUCAAGAGAUCCAUACAGCUGGCUAUGACCAAAGAGAUGCUUUUGUUGAGCAUACCCUUUGCAUACUCUGGUCUCGAGCUCACCUUUUACAGUGGGGUGUAUGGGACGUGUUUAGGGGCCAUGACUCAGUUUGGAGAAGGCGCCAAGGGUCUCAUCGGUCUCUCUGGCAUUUUGAUCGGUGUUGGUGAAAUACUUGGAGGGGGAUUAUUUGGGAUCAUGGAUAAGUGUAACCGUUAUGGCAGAAACCCGGUAGUGUUUUUGGGUCUGGUUACCCAUGUUGUGGCGUUCUACCUCAUCUUCCUCAACAUAGCCAGUGAUGCUCCCGUGGCCCCAGAGGAAGGCACACAAAUGCAAGCUUUUAUCCAACCCAGUGUGACAGUGGCGCUGAUAUGCAGUUUCUUGCUGGGUCUGGGUGAUAGUUGCUUUAACACUCAGCUCAUCAGCAUUGUGGGGUUCUUGUUCCGGGACGACAGCGCACCAGCGUUUGCAGUCUUUAAAUUUGUACAGUCCAUCACGGCUGCGAUUGCCUUCUUCUACAGCAACUACCUUCUCCUGCACUGGCAGCUGCUCAUCAUGGUGCUGGUGGGCUUCAUGGGCACCGGGACCUUCUUUCUGGUGGAGUGGGCCGCCAUCAGCACUCGACGGGGCUCGGACUACGACAGCAUCUGACGAGAACGUCAUCUCCGGCCAUCGGCCUCAGUGAGCACUUCUGCAAACCAUUUUCCCAGACUUUAAUCUGCGGGAACACCUAGAACCAUGCAUCCAUUCUCCUUUUCAAGCCGAUCGGCUGCAUAGACUCCUUUCUUUACCUGUACAUAAAACACGUUUACUCCCCUCAGAUGGGAUCAAGGUUCAAGUGCUGUAAUGCAAUAAUAAACGGUUUAUUCACAUUUUUUUUUAACGUUUUCAAAUAGCAUUAUGCCGUGCAAUGCCAACGACCAUCUGCGGGGAAUGAGAUUUGUGAGCCUAAAUUGCACUAAAUUUCGUCACAGAAAACAUGAGAUAUCGUGACAUCAAAAGUCUAGCGCGUCAGACACUGUGCUUUGUUCGUGUUGCAGCUGGACGGAUGUGGGCUCUAUGAAUUGUGUUGGGAAAGAUAAUUCUGAAAUUCAACUUUUCCCUGAAAAACAAAAACGAGGAUAUGUGAAUGACUAAGACGAAGUUUUAUUUUAGGCGAACUACUCCUUUCAGUAGAUAUUGUACUACUUAAAUUCAGUUAUUGUUGCGAUGGUACAUUGUCUGUAUGGAAGCUUGUUUCCGCCACCAGGGAAUUAAAAAUAAGAAACGUAAUUGCGAAUUUUUAUCUCACAAUUCUGACGACUUUUUUUUAUUUUUGAGUUUAUAUCUCACAGUUCGGACUUUACAACUCCCAAUUGAGAGUUUAUAUUACAGUUCUGAGAAUAAAGUCAAAAUUGCGAGAUAUUUUAAGAAAUGCGGUCAGAAUUGAGAUCUAAAAUCGCAAUUAUGAAAGAAAAAAUUUGUGAGAUAAAAGUGUGAGAAAAAUGUCAAAAUCGUAAGAUAUUAAAUUGAGACGUACAGUCAGACAAACUCUAUUGGAGUCGACAUGAGUCGACACAAAUUACGUUUAUAUCACAUUUCUGAGCAAAAAAAGUCACAAUUGCGAGAUGUAACGUCGCAAAUCUGAGACAUAUGUUCAAAACCGAGAGAUUCACAAUUAUGAGAUAAAAAAGUCAGAAUUAUGAGAUAAAAUCACAACUGUAUUAUAAUAAUAAUUUUUUCUCCCGUUUAAGUAAGUCAUGGCCACAUUGUACUAAUUCGUUCCCUCGUUUUGAUUGACCUAAAACAAGGGGAUUGAUGAUUAUUCAUGGCCACGAUUUAGUAAAACGAGGGAACGGAUUACCGUAGUUAAAUGUGCAGAUGUAUUAUUAAUUUGUGGAAACAAAUUAGUAAUUUGUGACCACGAUAUAUUUUUUACCGUGUGGGAUGUGUGUAAUUCUGUAAAAUCGCAAGAUAUAAAUGGGGGAAGCUCAAUUCUGACUUUAUGACGCGCAAUUGCAAGUUUAUAUCACAA